CGUGUUCUAUACCAAGGGAAAGUAAUCCAAGAUGGCGUACCAAACGUUUCACUCCGAAUACAUGCAAAUGCCCAUAGUUACACGGGCUUACACUACAGCAUGUGUAUUAACCACACUAGCAGUGCAACUCGACGUCAUUACUCCAUUUCAACUUUAUUUCAAUCCAGAACUGAUCUUUCAGCGAUAUCAGCUGUGGAGACUUAUCACCAACUUUUUAUUCUUUGGCACGAUAGGUUUUAAUUUCUUUUUCAACAUGAUUUUUACAUAUCGAUAUUGCCGUAUGCUUGAGGAGGGUUCUUUUCGUGGUCGUUCUGCAGACUUCGUAUUUAUGUUCAUAUUUGGUGGUGCCCUCAUGACUAUUAUUGCUCUUUUUGUGAAUCUUGUUUUCCUGGGUCAAGCAUUCACAAUAAUGCUUGUUUACAUUUGGAGCAGAAGAAAUCCUUAUGUGAGAAUGAACUUUUUUGGUCUUUUGACGUUCAAAGCUCCAUUUUUACCUUGGGUAUUGUUUGGUUUCUCUCUGAUGCUUGGCAACUCAGUCAUGGUGGAUUUAGUUGGUAUUGCAGUUGGUCAUGUUUACUACUUCUUGGAGGAUGUCUUCCCUGAACAACCAGGUGGCUUCAGAAUCCUGAAGAGUCCUGGAUUCUUGAAAACGAUAUUUGAUGGCCCAGUAGAUGACCCUAACUACCAGCCACUACCAGAAGACAGACCUGGAGGGUUUAACUGGGGUGAAGGAGAACAAGUGGGUGUAGAUAAUAAUGAUGACAACCAGUGAAAAAGAUAAUAUUAUUGRACCAUUGCAGGACAUGGAACUAAUUUAUUAGCUUUCCUUUGGCAAAAUGGCUUGGCAUUGAAAUAAGAUUGUAGUUGACAAGGCAUCAAGUGUACAGAUUGAGUAAAAGUGCUUGUACAGCUGUAAAUAUUGUUAGAGAAUGAAUGGUAAUGAAUUAAAACUGAGCAAUAUUCUAAAUGUWACUAAAAUAAAAGAACUAUGACACUUAA